CACACCAUGCCACCAAAGAGCAAAGCCUCCAGUAGUAUUCACGCUACCUUUGCUGACCUUGCGGCUGAGCUAGCUGAGAGCAAGGCCCACAUAUCGAAGAAUAAGGCGGCAGGGGUUCGGCCCACGAAGCAGAAGGCCAUGAAGAAAGUCGACGCCAUGCUGCGCUCGAACAAGGGUGUAGAUGCUCGGAAAGUUCGGGACAUCGAGGCAGAAGUCAAGGACCGCAGAGAGUAUGAACAUGCUCGCCGAAAGUUGGAGGAGAAAUCAAGGACGUAUGAGCAACUGCGGAAAGGUCGAACGGGAGGCUUGUCAGAUGCACAGCUGGAUGAACUGCUAUUCGACACCGGCGACCAUUAUGAGUCUGACAGUGAUGAUUUGGACGAGUCUCUAACUGUACCGGUGCCUGCAACACAUGAUCUUGAAGAUGACCUCAUCAUCGAAUACAAAGAUGAGUAUGGACGAGAUAGGCGAGGGAAGAAGUCAGAAGUGCCACCCAAUCUCUGGCCUGAGCAUAUGCGGGGAGAUGGUGGCGAAAACGACGACGACGACGAUCAAGGAAUUGAACUUCGCCAUGAGGAUGCUAUGCACAACUUCGCCACAUAUGAGCCCGAUAUUGCUCGCCAAGAACAGAUCAAGAAGUUCCUCGAAGAGCAAAAGGAAGGCCCUUUGGACAAGCACUACGACGCGAGCAACGAGAACCGUGCGAAGGGCGCUGGUUUCUAUGCGUUCUCACAAGAUGAAGAGGAGAGGCGGAAACAGAUGGAAGAAUUGUUGAACACGAGGAAGGAAACGAUGGAGGUGAGAAAGGACACGGGGGCCAUGGAUUUGAAGCCUGGCGAAGCUCAGGGCCUGAAAGCAGAAGGAUCAGGAGGGAAAGUGCAGACCGCGGCUAUGGCGAAGAGAAAGAAAGAGCUCGAGGAAAGGAGGAACAUGAUACAGAUGAAGAGGAGAAAGGUCACCGGAGUCGUAGCAGAAAGUGCUGCUACACAGAGCAAUCCGUCGUCGUCCAGUCGUCCAGCUGCACAACUGCCGGCCUUGUCUUCGUCUUCUGGUUCAGCACCUGACAGGGGCCAUACGAACGAUCCAUUCGCCACACUGGAGGCCGCCCCUCCAGAUCCCUUCGCUGCAUUGGAGGCAACGUCCAAGAAGGCCGAUCCUUUUGCUGCUGUGGAACGAACAUCAACUAGACCACCCAAGAGUAGAUGGGACAAACGGCCGGCCCCUGAUGUGGACUCUUUCUUGGCAGACGUAGAGAAGGAUCUUGUUUCGGGAAAGAGAAGGGCAUAGACUCCGCUUUACCUAGUGCGAUAUUGUACCAUAAUUUAUCGCUAGUCUUGUAUCACGC